AUGGAGUUCAGUACAGGGGCAUUGGGCGUUCUCGUCCCCAAGCUGAGAGCACUCCUGCGAGAGGAGUACAAUCUUCAAAAGAGCGUGAAUGGAAGGAUCAAUUACCUCAUGGCUGAGCUUGAGAGCAUGCAUGGGGACCUCGAGAAGGUUUCUAGUGUACCAAUGUUUAAGCUGGACAAGAAGGUGAUCGUUUGGGCAAGGUAUGUCCAAGAGAUCUCUUACGACAUUGAUGAUAAUGUUGACAAUAUCCUGGUCCAGGUUGAGGGGAUGGAUUCAGCCAAGAAGCACAACAAUAUUACCAGGUUCAUCGACUGGAGCCUCAACUUGUUGUCCAGGGCUAGGAUCCGUGCCAAGUUGCUGUCCAACGUACAGAUCCGCCACGAAACAGCUGUUGACUUGAUGGAAAUCUUGGGCUAUGUUAAGGAAGUGAAGGAACGUUGUGAUAUGUACAAUGUUGACAGCAUCUUUAUUGGGCCUGCAGCAGCGUCCAUUGAUCCUCGCAAUGAUGGUCUGUACAGAAAAGCCACCGCCCUUGUUGGCAUCAAUGAGACCAGGGACAAGCUAAUUGAAGUAUUGUCCAUAACGGGUGAUGUGUCGAACAGAAGCUACAAGGGAGUCUCUAUUUUUGGAUCUGGGGGAUUAGGCAAGACAACCCUUGCCAGAAAAGUGUAUGAGAAGCUCAGAGUGGAAUUCGAUUGUUGUGCUUUUGUUUCAGUGGGUAACAAUCCUGACAUAAAUAGAAUUUUCAAGGAUGUUCUCUUUGAACUUGAUCAGAAGAAAUAUGAGAAUAUUUAUAACACAGCAAGGGAUGAAAAGCAGCUCAUUGAUUUGCUACGCAGAUUUCUUGAAGACAAGAGGUACUUUAUUGUUAUUGAUGAUAUUUGGGAUAUAAAAUUUUGGGAAGCAUUCAAAUUUGCUUUUCUUGAGAACAAUCAUGGAAGUAGAAUAAUCUCAACCACUCGACGACUUGAUGUUGCUAGAGAAGCUGGUGAUGUUUACAUGCUAGAACCACUUUCAUACGAUAAUUCCAAGAUGUUAUUUUACACAAAGAUAUUCGGUGAGCUAGGAAGCUCUCCGGAUGAUGUGUUGGAUAAAAUUUUGAAGAGAUGUGGUGGUGUACCGUUGGCUAUCAUUACGAUGGCCAGUUUGUUGGCAGGCAAACCAAGGGAGAAAUGGUUCGAAGUGUAUACUUCUAUUGGCUUCAGCGAUAAAGAUAAUCAGUGCAUGGAUAAUACGAUGAGGAUAUUGUCAUGUUGCUACUAUGAUAUGCCUUUUUAUCUGAGGACUUGCUUACUGUACAUAAGUGUGUAUCCAGCAGGUUACACCAUUAACAAAGAUUACUUGAUAUGGAAGUGGGUAGCUGAAGGUUUUGUGCCCGAAGAACAUGGAAUUGGGUUAUUCGAGCGUGGAGAGAGGUACUUCAUCGAACUCAUGAAUAGAAGCAUGAUUCAGCCAGUACAGGAAGAGAGGCAGGUAGGCUAUGUGGAUAGUUGUUGUGUUCAUGACAUGGUGCAUAGUUUGAUACGGUCUUUGUCAUGUAAAGAGAACCUUUUUAUCACCUUGGAUCAUGAGCAGGACACAAUACCACAGAACAAUAUCCGCAGGAUUUCGUACCAGAGGAGGAAAAUUGAGGACGGCCCUCAUGCUCAGAUCGGUAUGCCAAGCAUGAGGUCAUUCAUUGCUUGUUGCUCUGAAUUCCCUAAGAUGGUCCCUAUAUCAAACUUUCAUGCUCUGCGUGUUCUUGCUUUGGAGAAGUGCCACUUCUUGAAAAGCUAUCAUCUCAGGCAUCUUGGAAAAUUACUUCAACUAAGAUACCUUGGUCUCGCAGGUACACCUAUCUGUGACCUCCCGAUGGAAAUAAUUGCCCUAAAGCUUCUACAGACACUGGACUUGGCAGAAACUGGCAUCAAGCAAUUGCCAUCAAGCAUUGGCCUGCUAACACAACUGAUGCGCCUUCGAGGUAUGUUCGCAACAAAAGCACCGGUGGAUGGGACCAUCAUGAAGCUAACGUCCCUAGAGGAGCUCUGGAUAGACCCUGCUGCUGCCAAUGAAGACAACAAAACUACAGAGAAAUUCGUUACGGAGUUGGGAAACCUCAAGAAACUGAGGGUUCUAGCUACUAAUAUUCCUGCAGUUCUGGAUGAGAGCUUAGAGGAAGCCUUGCUGCAGUCUAUACGCAAUAUGCCCAACCUCCAUUAUCUUUUCGUCCAGUUUUUAUCAUCGGGCAUGUCUCUGAAGCUGCAAGCUCCAACUUUCGUUCCCCCAAAAUAUCUCCGAUACUUGUGGUUGGGGGGCAUCGAUUUCUUCACCAUGCCGGAAUGGAUCAAUUCAUCUCUUCUUCCACACCUUUGCUUCUUAAAGGUGUGUAUCCAGGAUGUGGACUCCCAGGACAUGUUGACCCUUGGAAUGUUGCCAGAGCUGUGUUGCCUCCACCUGUUCACGACAUCCUUAUUCGCUAUCAACUAUGGUGGUGGCUACUUUCAGAAGCUGAGGAGUUUAUGCUUAGCCAGAGCCACGUUCUCGCGAGACAAGUGUGGAGUACCAAUUCUGCCAAGCCUUGAAGAUCUUCAUUUCGCGAUCGAUAUUGCGGAGAUGAAGCAGGUCUGCACUUAUUACGGUCAGAGCAUAUCAAGUUUCUUACCAACGCUGAUUGCAUUACGUAGCAUCCCUAUGCUAGUGAAAGUCCAUGUCAAACUUUUCUGUGAGGGUGCUACAGCUUGGGAUGUCGAGGAAAUUGAGGCGGCGCUGAAGCACAUUGUCCGCAGUCAUGGCAACUAUCCCAUCCUUGAAACUCAAAGAGAGAAUGAAGAACAAAUGACUACAUCCGACCUCGGCCAGCAGCCUAGAAUGGACAAAUACAGAGUGCUGGACUUCCAUGUCCACGUGUACAACCUAAAUGUUAUGUGUUAUGCUUUCGAUUUCACAAUUUUGGAGGAUUUACCUUCACUGGAAAAGGUCAUUGCUCGCAUCAACUGCAUGGAUGCUACACUUGUUGAGGUGGAGGAAGCAGAGGUGGCGCUGAAGCGGGCAGUCGCAGCUCAUCCCAUGCAUCCCACCCUUGAAAUGGAAAGGUAUAGUGAAGACAAAAUGAUGGUACCAGGUGGCGAAAAUAACCAGGACGAUCAUGGUGCUACCACACAAGACCAUGAGCCGUUGGUCUGAAGAAGAAGAGGUGCAGAUGCAGCAGACAGUGCUGACGUUGCCACAGAGAAAUAUGAUAGAGGAUGUCACCUCCGUUGCAGCAAAAGAAAGAUGGAGAGAAAAAAAAGAGAAGGAGAUCCCAAUUACGGAUCAGAACCAUGUUCAGUAUUUGUUUUAUCUAAAAUAAUGUUCAGUAUUUGUUGUGAAAUUUUGAAGUCUGACGGAAGUUUCUUUUGAAUCCGAUCGACUCAAAAAGUUCUCACAAGAACCAUUUUUUGUAUUAUAUGUUCAGUAGUUGUUGAGGAAAAAUAGUACCUAUUCGGUGUCCGACCUACCUCCACGUGAGCAAUGGGUGAGAUGCAUAAUUAAUGAUUCGGUUUGGCUUGGUUUAGCAAUUACAGUGAUUUGGACCGAUCUGAGUCGGUUUGGUUUGAUUUC